AUGGCGGACAAGUCGUCUUACUGGGUUGAGUCUGAGGACUGGCAUACCGCUGGAGAGCCUUUCCGCAUCAUCCAGCACCUGCCAUCAGGCUUUCUGCCUGAGGUUCAGACUGUUUCGGAGCGUCGCAUCGAGAUCGUCAAGACCAAAGACCAUCCGCUUGAUCGGCUCCGCAUACUUCUUAGCCAUGAGCCAUGA